AUGCCCUGGGCGCCAUGCGAGGACUCCUUUUCCGGCACGCUGCAGCGACUGCACUACUGCACCUCCACCCAGAGGUACUCUCGGUGGUACUAUGACCCACGGAAGGUUGCUCUGGCAACGGUGCCUCUGCUCGGCAUCGGCAUCGGCAUCGGCGAUGCGCUGAUUCCAGACUACCACGGAUACAUUGAGACAGAGCGCGAGCACAGCGAGACCCGCUUCGCCUGCCUCAAGGAGAAGCACGCCUCCAUCAUACUUGACCCGCACCACCCAGAUUGUGUUCGCCUCAACAACAUCACCUCGAAGCUUGUCCGCGCCGUCCACACCCACCUCAUCAUCAAGAGCCAUGAUACCGCCAUGCUCGAGCUCGAUCGUGGCAAUGCCGCCUCGGUGGUGGAGGUUUUGAGGAAGAAGCUGGGAAGCGCAGGGAGAGCACAGCCAGCGACUGGGCAUCUCGAUGGGCUCAACUGGGAGGUGAUGGUGGUGGAAGAUAAGCGCGUCAAUAUGUGGUGCUACCCCGCUGGCAAGAUUGUAGUGCCCACUGGAUUUCUACAAGUUUUCAGGACAGAUGCUGAACUUGCCACUAUGAUUGCUCAUGAGGUCGGGCACGUCGUUGCGAGGCACUGGGCAGAGAAGAUCAUCUACAGGAAGUGUCUUCCCAAACCCCUCAGGGUGCCCUUCUUCCGAAGGGCUGAGAGAGAGGCAGAUCAGAUUGGGUUGAUGAUACUUGCUGCAGCUGGUUUUGAUCCUCGCGUAGCCCCACCGGCCUUUCAAAAGCUAGGACAUAGUGGAAGAUUCCUCUCUACUUAUCCUUCGAGUAAGAAAAGAGCACAACUGUUAUCAGGAAAUAAAAUUAUGGAAGAGGCGCUCAAGUUGUAUAGAGAAGUUAGUCCCAAUCAACACACUGAAGAUUCUCUCUGA